UCUGGCCCAGCACCACCAUGCUCACCCUGGAGGCUGCACAGCUCGAUGGGCCACACUUCAACUGUCUGUACCCAGAUGGUGUCUUCUAUGACCUGGACAGCUGCAAGCACUCAGGCUACCCUGACUCAGAGGGGGCUUCUGAUCCCCUGUGGGACUGGGCUGGGUCCCCAUCUGUCCCAGCCGCACCCUAUGAAGCCUUUGACCCAGCAAUGGCCACCUUCAGCCAUCCCCAGGCUGUCCAGUUCUGCUAUGGACCCUCUACCUACAGCCCUGCAGGGAGCCUCGACCCAGGGCCUGGCCUCCCACCCUACCCCACAGAGGAUUUCACUAGCCAGACUUUGGGCCCCCCAGUGUACACCCCGUACCCCAGUCCUGUGCUAUCAGAGGAGGAGGAUUUACUGCUGGACAGCCCCGCCCUGGAGGUUUCGGACAGCGAAUCAGAUGAGGCCCUCAUGACUGGUGCCGAAGGGAGGGGAUCCGAGGCAGGGGCCCGCAAGAAGCUGCGCCUGUACCAGUUCCUGCUGGGGCUGCUGACACGCGGGGACAUGCGCGAGUGCGUGUGGUGGGUGGAGCCGGGCGCCGGCGUCUUCCAAUUCUCCUCCAAGCACAAGGAGCUCCUGGCGCGCCGCUGGGGCCAGCAGAAGGGCAACCGCAAGCGCAUGACCUACCAGAAGCUGGCGCGCGCCCUUCGCAACUACGCCAAGACCGGCGAGAUCCGCAAGGUUAAGCGCAAGCUCACCUACCAGUUUGACAGCGCGCUGCUGCCCGGCGCUCGCCGGGCCUGAGCCCACCUGAGGCUCUCCGGGGCUCCGCAUCCUGCCUAGACAGCUCUGGGAACCCCACGCCGCCUGUGGAGCCUCUUGGGGACUUCAUGGCCCAGCCAGGAUCCAUCUGGAGUCCCCAUCACGUUGGCAUCGCUACAUCCUAGGUCAAAGGACCUAUGGAACCCACACUUGAGGCGGGGAGUGUUGCCAUAAUUCCUGAGCCCGGCCCAGGGCCCCUCUGGGAUUUCCUUACCACAUACUGGAUCCCCAGAUCCUCAUGUUUUGGGUCACAGGACCCACUAACCACUAUACCAUGGGGGCACUGGAGAGGGUUGUGCUUCCAGAAUCCCGAGAGCUCCUCUGGGUCCCCCAACCAGGCCUGGGACCACCCUAAGAUCCAUGGCAAGCCCUCAUGUCUCAUCUUGGUGCGCACACGGAUCAGCACACCAGGAGGGGGGCUCUGCCAGCAACCCUAAGCCCUGUUCAGGGGUACCUCUGGGGUCCCCUUCUCAUGUCUGAAUCCCUCGUCAUAUCUGAGAUCUCCUAGUUAUGUCUGGGGGUCUCAGAUCUCUGUACCUAUCUACCACUCUUGUCACAUCUGUUCCCUCAAAUCCCUUUGUUAUCUUUGAGAUCCCCUAAUUUUCUGGAACUAUUCUCUUGUCACUUUUGUGUGUCUGGAAUUCUCCAAUCACAUCUAGGGUCUCUCUGGGAUCCUUUUAUCGUGUCUGAAAUCACUCUGAUCAGAUGGGGGGUGUUCAGUGAACUGUGUCAUAUCUGGGGCCCCUCUGGGAUAUCCUCCAAUCACAUCCGAGGCCCUCCCAGGAAUCCCCAUUGAUAGGCCCCUUUAGGGACCCCACAGUAGCCAUAAGUUCCUAUGGGUUCCUACCCUUCUUGGGGAGUACUCCAUAUGGCCAUGCUGAAGAUCAUUCUGGCCCCUCAAGUGAUUUCUGGGAGAUCUUGGCAGUUCCCCAUGGUAUUUAUAGUAAGAGGUUUCAAUUGGGUUGUCCCCCACAAUCCAGACAAACUAGGUCCUUGGUGAUUAUUUUCUUUUUUUCUUUCUUCCUUACCUUUUUUAAAAAAAGACAGAGUCUCACUUUGUCACCCUUGGUAGAUUGCUGUGGCAUCAUAGCUCACAGCAACCUCAAACUCUUGGGCUCAAGUGAUCCUCCUGCCUCAGCCUCCCAAGUAGCUGGGACUACAGGUGCUUGCAAAAUGCCUGGCUAUAUUUUAGAGAUGGAGUCUUGCUCUUGCUCAGACUAUAUGGUGAUGUUUUCUUUAGUUCAUAAUAGCAUUUGGAGGUUUGGCUAGGGGAAUCCAAGUUAACAGCUGACCUUUCAAAAUAGGGAGAUUUUGCAUAAUCCAGAUUUCUGCCUUCAUGCAAAACGUUGAGUCAUCUGGUGAUGGUGGGCCAGGUUUUCAGUCUGGAAAGCCUGGAACAGGACUUGACCCCUCCUAAUGGGGCACUGUUCUUCAAUCUGCCCCAGUCUUCGCCACUCCAGCUGUCUUACCGCAGAGGCUUUUCUCAGCCACCUAUUUGGCCCCAACCAUUUGUGUUUUGACCCCUAUGUAUGCCCAGCUGGAGCUGAAGCCUGGAUGAACUGUUGGAACUCUGACUGGGACCCCUGGAGGUGUCAAAUCUUAGGCUGAGAGGCCAGAGGUCCAGGUUCUUGACCUUGGUGGCUGGGGGACUUAGAGGGAAUGACUUCCAGGCCUCAGUUUGUCCCUUCUGUGAAAGGGAGACAGGAGAAGGAAGAUCUCAAAAAGCAUUUGCAAAACUGUUGAGCCUUUGACACAUGUACUGAAAUCCACCCCACUCCCAAUUGAUGGGCAGGAGGAGGAGGCCCAGGAGGAGGAGCAUCAAGGACCAAAAGAGGCAGGAAGUGGGGGGGGGGGCACCAGCGGCUGGUGGCAGAGCCUAGGCUGAGACUUGCCCUCAAGAGAAGAAGUGGGGAGGGGAAGGAGGGAGGCACCUGCAAAACAAAACCUCUCCAGGGCCUCCUUCUACAAAGGAAGUACUUUUUACAAAAGCAAUCUUUGUCAUCCUAAAUGUGGAAUAAAAGAAAAUAAAGUAAAAGAAAUCAAGGUAGACAGACCUCCUAGGACCCUUUGUUAGAGACUGCAGUUCUGACCCUCCACAGGGGUCGCUAGCUCUUCGUAACACCGUGUCAAGGAG